AUGUCUUCUCGAGCUGCAAAAUUCAUUCUUGCGUUAGCCUUUAUAACAGGUUUAACUGUAGUGUUCUACAUAAUCUCUGAUACGUUUCAUACAUAUAGAGGCCGACAGAUAGCCCAUCUCCACGAUUGUCCUAUAAAUGCAACGCAAGAUACAUUUUUCCUACAUUCGUUCGAUUCCACAGCUACAUCGGCGAAACCGUCGACUAGCAAGGCGAAUGUUCUCAUAUUAACACCUUUGAAAGACGUGUCGACUAAACUUCCUCUGUACUUCGAAAAGUUAUCACAAUUGACAUUUCCCAAAGAACACAUAUCACUUGGAUUCCUGGUUACAGACACUACUGAUGGCACCAUAGAUGUGCUAAUGAAAGAAGUUUCGUCUUUGUUGAACAACGGUACAUACCGGAAAAUAAGCGUUUUUGAAAAGAACUUUCAAUAUUUUCUCCAACACGGAAGCCGACACAAGUUCUCUGAGCAAGUUCGAAGGCGACAGAUUCUUGCAAAGUCUCGGAACCACCUUUUGUUUAGCGCUCUCACCGAUGAAGACUGGGUUCUGUGGUUAGAUGUGGACAUUGUUACAUAUCCUAGCACUAUGCUUGAAGAUAUGAUUUCGUACGAUAAGGAUGUAUUAGCUGCGAACGUCUUUACUCAUGAGAAAAGCACAAAUAUAGAGUUUGUGUAUGAUAGGAACAAUUUUAUCGAGACUUGGGAAUCUAGAAAACUUCUUACCACUCUUGAUGAAGAUCAGAUACUCGUAGAAGGGUAUGAAGAAAUAUCUACUCACCGAAACUAUCUCGGUGAUUUACGCGAUAGUGGGAGUGAUCUUGUAGAAAUCGAUGGGGUGGGUGGAGCUUGCCUUUUGGUUCGGGCGGAUGUACAUCGGGAUGGUGGCAUAUUCCCUACUAUUCCGAUCGCUCAUCAAAUCGAAACUGAAGGAUUUGGCAAGCUUGCGAAGAAGAUGGGAAAAGGUGUCUAUGGUUUACCAAAUUACGUAGUUUACCAUGAGGACGUAUGA